UUUGAAUCACCAAUUAAUUUAGCAGUAAUUUUCAUUUUAUUAAAAACCUGUAAAAUGGUAGCAAUACAAGCAACUAGCAUUAUACACGCUCACGUGCGUACUCUGGAAAUAGAACGUGGUAGAAUUAGAAAUGGUAUUUCUACGGUCUGCUUAAUGUACACGUAGACUCACAACUUCUUGUUGAAAUCUGAUUACCUAGAAUUAUUUCCGAGAAGAAGGAAGAAGGACCCUUUACUUCACGUCAAGUUAUAGCUAAGUUUAAUGUGUAGAGUUUCUAGUUUCAUUGUUUCGUUGAAAGUUAUGUAAAGAAGACUAUCUUGCUUGGUAUUAGAAAAGCUUCUGUACCAAUGAAUUUCUUUAGAAACACACACAAUUUGAAGUUGCAUUUUGAAAAAGGGCUUUGGUCAUUUCUGUGCUUGCACCAAUAGACUUCACGCGAGCAAAAUAUCAGCAAAAUUCUUGAUUCCAUCUGCAUCUGAAAAAUAAUUGGGUCAUAGAAAGAAAAUUGGAUUUCACAAGAGAACGACUCCAAAUACCAAAGUCAUUAUCUUGACUGUCACAACCAGAUGCCAAUUCAAUUGAAAACAUUUGAACCAGCAAAAACUAAAAAUUUCAAAGAAAUAAAAUCUCCAAAAUGAGAAAGCUUGUUCAAGAAAUAGGACCAUUAUUACGAUCCGUACUGUAAGUUUGAUAGAAAGCAUGCCCCGAAGAUGACGAAGAUGAGUCCUCAUAUUAAUAGAAUUGCAUCGUAAAUUAAGUUAUCGUAAACUGUUAAACGUAAACAGUAUCGAACCAGCGGUAUCCACGUUUACACGAGACCCGAGUGUGAAUAUUUCAGUCACGGAUCCCGUCGCCUUGGUGCAAGCAGACCGAUCUCCUUUAUAUUACAUAAUUAUUAUGUAACGAUUAUGGACGGGCGUGGUGGAGUAGCGUGGCUAUCAAAUAAUUACGAGGAACUUUCCAUGAUUACGCCUCGCGACGAGGGGUCGUUUUUGCGAUGGCAAAAGACGCGAAGACGGAGAGAAGACGUGGAAGAACAAGAAGAAGGUGGAGGAGUUUUAGGAGGGAUAGGAUGGUAAUGGUAGGGGACUAGAAGUAAAGGAGGGAGUGAUUCCGGAGGAAGCAAGCCGAGUGGCGACGCCUCAGUGACCGAGCUUACUCUCCCUUGUGCUUUCGUUCGCAAGCGCGGGCUUGCGAGUCCUCGUUUUCCCUCUAUAUAACCGUAUGUAUAUAUAUAUAUAUCUGUCUACUCUCGUCCCUCUUUUAUCUCUCGUCUGCGCAUAAAGCCGCCCAUUUCUACCCUCGUGGCUGCCUCGUGGACCUUUCGCUCCGACUUCCGCGAUACGGCCCUGAGAAUAAGCCAGUCGCAGUUAUACGCGCCCUUCCGUGCCGUUCUUUUGUUCCUCAUUCUUUCUUUUGCUUUCGUCGGGGUUGCUACGUAUCAGUCACCGCGUCGUUCCCGUGAAAAUUACCAGUGAUUUCUUGCCCGUUCGAGAAAUUCCUGCCGCUGAAACGUUGUCGCGUGAACGAGGAGGAUCGUGCGGCAGAUUUCGUGGCGAUCGUGGGAAACGUGGCUUUAGUGCCGUGCGAAUCGUACCGACAAGGUUCACGCUCUUCUUUCGUCGUUGAUCGCGUUCGAAUUCGCCAGGAACGCUCGCGGGGUGUGAAUAAACAACGAGAGGAAAGAAUGCGUGUUUACACGCGAUUACCCGCGCCGGCCGCUUGAUUUUUAACCACAUGCCGGGACAAAUUGAAUCGCGCCAAAGUGUUUGUGAAGUAUCAAAGUGAAGCGGUGCUCCGAAUAGUGAUUCUGCGCAGUGAUUCGUUCGGAGUUUCAACGCCGGCUAUUCGGGAUAUCCUGUCUGCUAGUUCCAACGAAUGGUCACCAGGAAGGUUCAAUUAACCGCGCGAAUCUUCACCCCCGUUAACUAUCGACGGACUUUGUUUAUUCGUAAGGAAGUGUUUGUGCCUUGUUAAUCGUCGAAGGUGAUCGCUAUUUUUCUACACUCGCAUCAUGGUCGAUUUUAUUACCUACCCGGAGAUCUCCUACCUCUACGAUGAACUUAUGACGGGUGUGACGGGCGACCGGCUGGCCGGGGGCGCCGCACACCUCCUCCAUCUCUUCUUCUUCUUGCCACGACCACAACACACAAUGUAACAACAACUACCACUACUAGAGUCGCCCGCGUGAACCACGUUCUCAAUGUACUCGAUGUGAUGAACCGUCCUAUUCAAGUGAAGCCGGCGGACAGUGAAAACCGCGGAGACAGAAAGCUGUUCGUGGGAAUGCUCAGCAAACAACAAACCGAAGACGAUGUCCGACAGUUGUUCACUGCCUUUGGCACAAUAGAGGAGUGUACCAUCCUCCGUGGACCCGACGGCAGUAGCAGAGGUUGUGCAUUCGUAAAACUUUCGUCACAUCAAGAAGCGCUAGCGGCGAUUAAUUCUUUACACGGUAGCCAAACUAUGCCGGGUGCGUCAUCCAGCGUAGUGGUAAAGUUUGCAGAUACUGAGAAAGACAGACAAGUAAGACGCAUGCAGCAAAUGGCCGGGAACAUGAGCCUCCUUAACCCUUUCGUCUUCAAUCAGUUCGGCGCUUACGGCGCUUAUGCCCAGCAGCAAGCAGCCCUCAUGGCUGCGGCAACGGCACAAGGGACGUACAUCAACCCGAUGGCGGCGUUGGCCGCUGGACAAUUGCCGCACGCGUUAAAUGGCAUACCAAACCCCAUCGUCCCGCCGACUUCCGGUUUGUUCGUAGGUACCGGUACAGGGCAGCCGGUUAACGGUGCGAUACCGUCGUUACCGUCGCCAACGAUGCCCAAUUUCAACAUGGCUGCACAAACACCGAACGGUCAACCAACAGGUUCGGAUCCUGGCGUCUACACCAACGGGAUACAUACCUAUGGGGGACAUGGCCUCCAUCUGUCCAUUCCAGCACAAGCGCUGCCCAAUGGGGAGGCGGCACUCCAGCAUGCCGCCGCGUAUCCUGGAAUGCAACCCUUCCCCGGUGUCGCUUAUCCCGCCGUCUACGGCCAGUUUCCUCAAGCUAUACCUCAGCCGAUGACCGCCGUGGCACCCACGCAAAGGGAAGGAUGCUCUAUCUCAGGACCCGAGGGCUGCAACCUGUUCAUCUACCACCUGCCUCAGGAUUUCGGAGACACUGAGCUAAUGCAGAUGUUCGUCCCGUUUGGCAACGUCAUAUCGUCCAAGGUUUUCAUCGACCGGGCCACCAACCAGAGCAAAUGCUUCGGUUUCGUAUCGUUCGAUAAUCCUGCAAGCGCGCAGGCAGCAAUUCAAGCGAUGAAUGGCUUCCAGAUAGGGAUGAAGCGUUUAAAAGUCCAGUUGAAGAGGCCCAAGGACGCAAACCGGCCAUACUAACCAAAAUCCUAGCUUAGAGAAACUGGACGAUACGCACCCUACAUCAUAACCUACAGAAUGUCGUACAAGAACACGGGCUCAUUGAACGCUCGACGAUCAGAAGUGACGAGUUUGAAUCACCGUUACAACGCUCUACACUAUAAUAACCUAGUAUACUAGUUAGGUAAUUAAUUAGAGGAUAAAAAAAAAACAAGUCAGUAGAACGACUUCGCCGGCAGCCACGCGGCGAUGACGAAGAGGCUGAUGGUAAAAAAAAAAAGAAAAGAAAAAAAAACAUUGGAUAUUCAGCACUGAACCCAGUCCGAGUAGAAUUCACGCUUCAGAGUUCUCGGAUGCUCGGAUAGAACGAAUUAUCUGCUAGAAACGCAUCGAUUAUCCCAUUCGCUCCUUUUAUUUUCUCCCAUUCUCCAUCUCUUCUCUUCAGGAUACAUCGUUUCCUUUCUGUCUUCAUCCACGAUCCCUACUGCCAAGCGAGAAUCGUAUCAGAAUGGCGAAAAACUUUCUCGACGCUUACCUAUAUUUCUUUUUCGUUUUCCAAAUGAAACAUCCUAGCACUACGUGAAAAUCCGAUCAUCCGGGAAACACAAGAUCGAGGGGAGGUAGAAGAUCUCUCGAUCGUGUUAUCGUUCCGACGACACACUAAACUCCUAGUUUGAUAAUCACGAUGAACGUUCAAGACGGGUGACUUUGCAACAAUAACCAAAGAAUACUCUUAGUUCCUGAUAAUGCAACGGCAUGGCGAUUGUUCGCCGACCGACUGUUAAAGAAACAAAAAGUUAACUAUUACUGCGAUUCGAUCUAUAGAACACGAGAGAACACAAGGUACACUCCUGGAGAUUCUUUAGGAAAGAACACGAAUCCGGUCGAGACAUCAUUCGUUUUUCACGAGCGGACUUCUUUUAGUUUCGAGAGCGUAGCUAAAAGGAUAUUACGCGACGCUAGGAUGUCUAAACUCUGGUCCGAGAAUGCGCGAGAAAUAUGAAAAACGUUAGGAUCGUCUUUAGUGGUCUUUGGACAGGGAUCGAUACGCUGUCUCUCCUAACGCAAACUUGUCAAUCACGUAUACAGGGUGCUCGUCUCACGCAACGUCUAAAAGAAGAAGAAAAAAAGAAACUGAUUUCUAAAAAUGGACUACGUAUGAAACUACGAGAUACACGUUUACAUGCGUAUACAUGCCGCUGUAUAUGAUGUUAUACAGGCGCAUACACGCAUGCACACAUGCACAACACGCGCAUACAUUAAUCACACACGUCUACGAAAGGGACACGUAUGUAAUUCGUGUGGGGAUUGCGGAGAAAUCAUCAGUGCCGACCCAACAUCCGCGGGGGUUAUCGGUUCUCCUUACGUUUAAGAAUUUCAAAACGCAUAGGUCCGUGCUGUAGGUUUUAUAUACAUUCUAAUGACAUUUAAAGGGAUCGUCAGUGCCGUGUCAAAGUGGAUGUCAUCUUGGAGUCCGGUCGUCCGCGCUACGGCGCUCGUUUAUCCUUCUGUAGUACUUAUUAUUAUUAACCCCUUAUUAUCAUCAUCAUUAUUAAGUACGAUUAUGGUUAAGUGAAAAGAAAAAGCGAGCGAAUAUCCGGCCGAAACUAAUUAUCCAUCGGGGUUCCUUUUCCAACCGAAGGAUCUAGCGAUCCUGAUCGCUACGCUUCGCGAUCCGAUACGGAUCCGGUUGUUGUUCGAUGUCGAGGCUCGAUGAUCCACGAGUACGUUCUUUGUUUGACUGACCGGACACGCAUCGCCCGAGAAAUGUCAACUAGGCUGUGAUUAUCCAAACAAAACAAAAAUUUAAAAAAAAAAAUAAAUAAAAGGACAAUGUAACAAGGGGUGGAAACGACGACGACGUUGGUAAUGAUCAACGCCCUCUUACGCGGGAUGGUCUUGUAAGGGAGGUAAUGAUUAAUGGUAUGCUAAAGAAAUGAUUGCCUGAAUCAGAUGAAUGCAUAUAGUGCUCUUUUUAUUUGGAGGUUUUAUUUAUCUAGUCUACGUCUAGUCAUUUUUACAUGUUCGAUUAUUGUUUGCUGUCAGACGUGAUUUCUGAGCAGAUAUUUAUUUAAUAUUUAUAUUUAGAGGUGAUUAGAUCGGUGAUUUUUUUAUCUACAUGGAGAUUAAUUUUUUUUAGAAUCAGCUGAAAUAUUUAACACUUUAGUCGCCAUGGCAAAAAUAAUUAGUAGAAUACACAUUAAAUUGAGUUAUUAACACGUUGACUGUCUUUAGAAAAUUAUUAUUAAAAAUGAAAAUAGUUAAAUUAAUUUAGUGCCCUUAAUAUUACACUUUCUAUAAUUUUAAUGCCAUUUAAAAUUAUCGUACUAUUUUCAUUUUUUUAAUUAUUUUAACGAAUUAUGUUCGUAAUGCUAUGGUGACGAACAUAUUAAAUAUUAAUGUAAUUUAAUUAUUAUUUUCAAGGUUCUAUAGUGGAUCAAGUGCAAUCUUUAAUAACUUGUUACAGACUAAACGAAUGGUUCUUAUGCUCCAUGUAUGAUAAAUUUAUUUAUUUAUGAUUCACUAAAGACACUCGAUAUCUUAGUUGUUUCUCCUUUUUUUAGAAAUAUUGUUCGAAGUUUUUGUUGAAAUUGCUUGUUAUCAAUGACCGAACAAACGCAUGUAGCACUUCCGUUGGUACGAGUUCGCGAAAUUUAUGGCUAUUGUCAUAAUUUCACGUGAAUAGCAGCACACGGUACUUACGUAACAAUUGAAUAUUUUUUUAAGCACGAUGAACAAAAAAAAAACACUCGGACGUUUAACGAGCGAUGCCCGGUCGAAUCGCAAUGUGAAUGAAACGAUCGCGAGCAAAAGCAGCGACGAGGAUAGAACGUGGAUAGAUAAGGGUGAGAGAUAAAAUAAUUGAAAGAAAAGAUAGAAGGAAACGAGAGAAACAUAAGAGGAGGGUAGUGUAGGCGAGCGAUGGAACGGAGAGGAAACUCUGAUCUAGCAAAAAAAAAAAAUAAUCAACCAAAGUACCAACAACUAUUCUAUAUAAAUAUAUAAAUAUUGAAUUAUUAAAGAGGAAGUAUAUAAAUAUAUAAAUAUAAAUACUAUAAAUAUGGAAUAUAAUAUGAAAUAUAAAUAUGAAAUAUAAUAUAUAAAUAAAUGCGAAUGAAUAAAUUAAUGAAUAUAAUAUAUACGUAUACCUAUUAACGCACAUUAUAUACGUAUACGUAUAUGUUGAUCGAAAGAAACUAGAGACUUAGUAAAUUAUUAUAGUUUAGCUAAAUCAACAUGAAAUAAAUUAUUACUUCGAGGGGACGGGUGAAUGGAGAGGAUCGGCUCUAGUCUGGCGCAAUUUAUUGAAUUGCGAUUCGAAGCUAUCGCAAAUUUAUACGUUAAUUAAAAUAAAUAUAUCCAAUUGCUACAGAACGAUACGUGAAUAUGUAACUAAAUAUACAUGUGCGCGUACGUACGUCGCUUUACCGUACAUACGUACGUGAAUGCGUGUAUAUUUAUUUAUAUAUUUAUAUAUGCACAUAUAAAUACUGUACUUAUAUUUUAGGAACAGGCAAACUUUCUCCUUGCUUUACCACCUGUUUGUAAAUUAAUUGCCUGUUCGUACACUCGCACACACUCAUACACAUACAUGAAUCAUGCAAAUACUAUUGCAAAUUAUUAAUGUAAAAAAAAAAAAGGGAAGAAGAAGAAGAUAAUGUGAUACAUACGUGUAUGUGGUUCACGUAUGUAAACGUGGUGGGCGCGUACAAUUAAAGUACUAAUGAAGUUGAACCCGAAAGGAGGGGGUGUGCUAUUAAAUUCCUCUCCCUUGACGAGCUCGAAUGGCUUGCUAGUUAUUGAUGACAUGAAAUACUAUUAUAUUAUACACGAGGAAAAAAAAAACCAAUUAGUACUAAUAAAUAACAAUAAACGAUACUUUAUAGGACGUAUACAUAAUUUAUACUACACGGUAAACAUACGUAUAUAUUAUACAUAUAUAUAUAUAUUCUUGUCAGUUUUAGGGACGCUAAAAAUCCAUCUAUACUCGUGCAUACAUAAAGAUGUACACUCACUGGUAUACACGUGUACCUGCGUAUGUAUGUACGAGGAUGUAGAGCAAAUGUAAUCACAAACGCGGGCGUAGAUUCGUAACGUUGAAACAAAGUAGAAGAAGUCUAUUGUAACGCUGAAGAGAAUAAAAUCUUUGCCACGUUGUACCGGUGCAAGUUCGAUGAAACUUUCAUUGAUUGUUUGAGAGAGAAACAUAAAUUGUUGGAAUUGAUCAGGCAUCAAGGUGACGAAAUUGAGAUGUGUUCCUGUUUACUCUGUUAAGUAUUUAUCGGGAUGUGAAAAGAGGGCGCAACGAUGAACGACGAUGCGAUUUAGAAAUGUUAACGGAUCAGAUCUGUUAGAGAAACCGAGUGGAAAUGUUAACUCUAUGUUCGUCUAGGCAAAUAUAAGAGAAGGAACACCGCGUGAUCGUAUGUUUGCCCGAUCCGUGGUCCAAUCACGGACCAUAAGAGCAAUCGCGGAACGGAAAGCCUGAGUACGCACGCAUUGAUCCAGCCAUAGGGACAGAAGCGCAAACACAAUUAGGAAAUGCGUGUCUAUCUUUACCAGGCUGAUGUAUCACGCGAACAAUCUACAGAGAGGGUGAGGGGGGUUAUCUGCGGCUGUGGAACCUGCAGAUGAACGUUUCAUUUCUCAUGGUAUUGUGAAUGCCUCUCGGUACACGUCCGGCAAAGACGAUUAGCGGACAAGCUGAGCGGAUUAGACUCGGCUAGAUGGCCGUCUACGAGUUUCCUAUUCCGAAGACCAGUCCGUUCAUCUCUCCGCUAAAAUCGAAUCGACGCAUUCCAUUUUCGAAAUAGCAUUAGCUAUUAGUGUCAUCUCUAAUGGUAGAUGUACACCGUCGGUCAUGGGAGACUUCCUUGGGGAAAAUGGCACCAAUGUUGAAGCAGGUGGCGCCUCUAUUCGCACGCAAACGUUUGUUCAAGAGAAUUUCAUUUGGUAUUCUGUUUUUAAUAUUCUCUAAUUAUGUAGUCAAUUUUUUAAUAUUGAUGUUUUCGAAAUUACUAUAUUCAAAAUUAGAAUUUUAAUCAGAACUCUUUUUCUAGUAUUAUAGCUGAUGAUAACUCUCCUUCUCGUAUGUUGCCAUUUUUCCUUGGAAAGUCUACCUUGCUCGGUACUGUACAACACACACAAGUCCCCUGCAUUGUAACCCUUCUUCGAACAGAUGGUACUCUAGAGUCAUUAUUUCCUUUAAUCACCAUGUAAUCCAUUUUACCAAACUGAUAAGUGCAAAUGGAUUUACUUUGCAACGUUUAAAAAUUUGAUAAUAUUGAAUUACAGAAAUUUUGAAAUAAUUAUAUCAUCACUUAUUAUUAUAAAAUAAGCUUAGUUCAAAAACUUGCAGCCCCCAUAAUUUGAAGAAGGGUUCAUUUUAUUUGUUCCAUAGAAUGUUUAAUUAUCUAACAGUCACAUUUAAUAUUAUUUUUUUUUUUUUAAAUCAACCGAGUUCCAAAUCAAAGAAUUACACGUGUAUAUCGUGGGAUACAAUUUAAAGAAUGUUAGACAGCCACAGUGAUAACACACACGUACACAUAGAUCAAUGCACACGCACGCGACACAAAUACAAAGAGAGAAAGAUUGAGAGACAUGUAUACUGGUAAAAGCUUGUAUGCAAGCACCAAUUGAUAAUAUCACUACGAUCUAAGCUUUUUAAUGUUUAACAAUACUAAUAGCGAAUAUCAAGGUACACAACCUAUCCUAAUAAAAAAAAAAAAAGAAAUACCAUUAAUAAUAUUGUAAUAAUUUAUAGUUACAUAAAUUCAUAUAAAUAUAAAACUAUACAUAAAUAUAAAUAUAUUAUAUAUAAAUGUAUAAAAAUUCGAGGAUAUAACGAGACAAUUGUAAACAAACCAAAAGCAAAAAAAUACAACUAUUUUAUCCAACAAAGUUUUUGCUACAACCGAAGUAGUAUGCAUCUUGCUGUGGAGUAAAUGAGACUUAAAAGGUGAAAAAGGGAGAUAAAAAUAUUCUUAGCUCUAAGGAACAAAAAGAUGAUAAUAGUAAAUCCGUGUGGAUCAGCUUCGAAUUUAUUUUUACAUGACCUGAUGUAAUUGCUGAGACGAAUUCGCUGCUCGCUAAUUAAAUGUUCCGAAUUCUGCUCGAGAAGCGACUUGUUCGCGAGAGAAAAAAGAGAAAAGAAGAAAAAAAAAAAGAGAUUUCGAGCGUCCUGACGGCGCACUCGAGUAUCGAGGAGUUUUCUGUUAAUUUCCGUUCUACUUGAACCUAAGAAUCUUUUCGCGAACUCUCGGGGCUGCAGUUUUUAUCGAUGAAGUUCGUUGAAACCGUAAAAUUGGUACUCGUGGUCGUCGUUGUCCAACGGAAUUGACAACCAUAAAAAUUACCCUGGAAAAAAAGGAACGUAACGAGCAACAAUUUGCCAUUUAUCUUUAACCACAUGUUUCCGUGUAAUUUUUAUGGUAGCCACGGGGACACGCGGGAAAAUUCGAUGGGAAAUAUGGGAACGAGUAUCCUCCGCUCUCGAACCUUAAUACUAACAUUUAAUAAAUAAUAAUAAAUAACGAUCAAACAUCUCAUGUAAACAUACUAGCAUUUUACCACUGUACUCGCACACGAAAAGAAAAAAGAAAAAAAUGAAGAAUAAACAGCCAAAAUUAUCAACCCUCUCGACGCCCUCUAUCAACCCUCUCAAGUCACGCGCGCCGCGACCUGAUAUCCGGUAGCCGUGGUGUCGGUGAUACUAGGAAACAGGGUAUGUUUUUGCAAUUAUUUGCAUAACUUGUAAAGAACUAGCAAACAAAAUAAAAAGAACAAAAUAAAAAAAAUAAAUGAACACGCACACGACCGAUUAUACGUACAUCAUUCUACACAAAAGAUACACGUACACACAUGUUCACAUAUGCACUCGGACACGCGUGGUCUCGGUACACACUUAUAGGUAACUCAACACGCUGUAACACACGCAUUAUUGCAAUGUGGAAUGCGAGCGGGGCUAAACAUUUAACUAAUCGUACUAUCCUUAUCUCUAUGGAUAUUAAACUAAAUACACAUACGUCUCAUCGUAGACUUUAAGCGCGAUCAUUCAAGGUUUACCAGAGUUCAGAUCCGAAUUUCAUCGUCAUCGUCGUCGUUACAGUUUCGAAAAGAAUCUGUGUAAUGGUGCUCUCAGGUCACGUCUUCGUUAUACGAAUAUUUGAGAUAAUACAGGGUGUGAUGGGUACAGGUGGGCAUAGGGUGAUUUUUCAAAUAAAAAUAAAUUGAAAAUGUGGUAUGAAAUGAUUUUGUAAGAAGCUUAGUUUUUGAAUUAAUUUAAUUCAAAGAUUUCAGAGAUGUAUGAUCACUGCAAUAUCUCCAGAUUUUAUAUUUGUGUUAAGAGGAAUAAUUUUAUUUAAAAUUAAAAUAAAAAAAUAGCUGUUUAUUUAAAAAUUUAAACAUCAAUUUAAAUUUAAUUUUGCCAAAAACUAAAUUUCUUGUGAAGACUUUUUCUUCUGUAUUUUUAUUUUACUUUUACACUCUGAAGAAUUACCCCAUGACCAGGUAUACUCUUCAUCUUGCCACCCUCCGUAUAACACUCAUAGAAAAAUAAUUUUUGCAUAGAACACGAUAUGCUCUUUUUUGGAUCAAAUAAAAUAUUGAUUUUCAAAAUUCGUGUUGAAGACGAGAAAUGAGGGAAACUGUACUUAAAGUCAGGUUCGUCAUCGCGGCGUCAGGUGAAUCAACGCACUCGUUCUUCCUUCCCCUUUAAUUUCAUUUUUUCUUUUUCGGCUUCUCUGUACUUCUCUCACCUGACAAACACAAAACCAGUGAUCACUUUCUCGACACUCUGAUGCGCUCGCGCGCGCGCGUACGCCAGACACGAAGCGGAGCAAAUUAGGGGAUUAGUUGAAAUCGUUACUCUCUAAACAUAGAUUUCGCGGUUACUUAACGGUUAAAGACGGUAAAUAACGAAGAAAAUAAAAAAAAAAAAAUAAAAAAAAGUAAACGGCGUUACUUCAGACGAGUUCAAGCAAGACCGAUGUCAAUUCCUUCAGGUACGCUUAUGCGUUUAUCGCGAGAACAACGCGAGCAUUCGGUUUUUUCUAACGUACCAAAUCGAUGUCUUUUUCCAUUGCGACUGUAUUAAUGUUAGAAUCGGCACACGAUCGUUGUAGUCGUUGGUCAUCCAAAAUUAUCGUAGUACGUUCGUUCGAGUUCGUGUAGGUACGAAAAAGAGAAAGAAAAAAGAAAUAAUCAAAAGAGAUGAACAUAGAGAAAAAAAAAAGAGAGAGAGAAUGAAUAAUUAAUAAUAAUCUCAUGGUAUCUUGUAUAUUUACCCGGCCACAUUUCGAUCGACUAUCCGGGACCAAUCAUACUUUCCGACUUGAAACAACGCGUUUCCUAGUUCUGCCGUUCGGUAUGCAAGAAAUUUCUUAGGCGAAUUACGCAUACCGUUUUAGAUAGCGUAACGUUCAUCAUCUCUUUCUGUUCUACAACAUUUCAAUGGUACCCGUCUUGGACCAACGACGCACGGGGUCACGGAACGAAUCAUAGUGAAACAUACAGAAGGAUGAGACUUUUUGGAAAAUAAUUUUCAUCGAGUACGAUUGAGAUAUACGAAAAAUCUUUUCCUUCUGUGCGAGGGAUGAAAAAAAAUAAUCUGCAAGAUGCUUUAGGAUUUAUUCGAUAAAUCGCCCCCUGUUUCGAACUGAACCGAACCGUACACACCGUAUGCACUUGUUCGCAUAAUUUUGUUUUAAAAAGCGGGGACGAUGCGGAUGGCACCACUUCGAAACUCUUCUCCAAAACUUCCCCUCCGCGUUUGCAAGGCGACUAUUGAAAUUAGAUACAUCUAUCAUUUAUCGGUGUGCAACAUUCGAUUUGAAAGAUAAAGAAAACACGCGAGGGAGGUAUAGUUGGAGGCGGAAAUAUCGGGUGCUCGUAAAUUAAAACACAUUAGAAUAUUUCAUUAUUCCUUUAUUCGUAGUUUCAAGUCCCUGAUACAAAUAUUUCUAAUUAGAUAAAUAAAAGAAUUCUUAAUGAUAUCUGUGACACGUUAAAGUUGAAGUGUAUUUCCGCUCUCAACUAUACAGAUGAAAGGACGAAAUUGAUGUUAAUCACACUGCUUGUCGCUCUUGUAUAAACAUAGAGAAAUAACAGACACGGUGAACGUUGAGGAGGAGGAGAUCUUCCUUCGUAGACAUCCCUUUUCUUUUUUCUUUCAAUCGGUUAGGACUGAAUGUGUCGGUGUUUCUUUAGGACCGAUCGGAACGUCGAAUACCUUGCAGACGUGAGAACGUGCGACGAGUUAAACGCAUAAGAGAGAAAGGAAACUUUAAGUAAACGACACCCGUAAAAACGAGUAUACACGAAUUGUUGAAGCGAAUUAACGACGCGUUACGAAUCGUCGAUUCGUGACGUCGGCUGAUUCGGUGAUCGCGUUCCAUACUCGAAGAACUAGUCGAUGAUCAGCCUUUUCUUUCCGUUCCUCGCGCGAGCUCUUUAGGACGAUGAAAGGGAAGUUUUUUUUCUCAAGAGCGUAGAGAAUGGAAUCGAUGGUAUUUUUCGAAACUCGAACAAGAACGGUCCGUUUCGAAGCGGAAACGAAUUGAGGAUCGCGAUGGUCGAUACCAUCCUCGUGCCACCCACGAUGGCUGGACGUCACGAAUCGACCUUAGGGAGUCGUUAGAAAUCUUGCAUCUAGAGAAUAGUUAGGCCACCUAGUCAGAAAUAAACAAGGGCUAAAGAGGGGGACGAUUGUUCGGCGCGAGGAACGCGUAAGAAAUUUUAAAAAGACGUCAAAUGGUAGCAGAACGUGUACAUACACGCUUCCAUACGCCUACGCAACACUGCGGAUGACGAGGGUGCGCGUGUAUGUACACGGGUAUUCUUGCGAAUAAAAACACGUUUAAAUUAGAAGUUUGAGAAGAAGAAAAAAUUUGCAUAUAGCAUAGUUUUAUAUAGCGUGCCAUUUAUGCGUGUAAGCAAAAUGAUAUACAUAAACAAUUACUAUGGUUAUCGCUAACACGUAAGGUUAUUAACAAAAUGAAGUAUAAACAAAGUAUGCACUAUAAUCACUUAUACCAGGGGUGGAAGAGAGAUGAAAAAAGAGAAAAAAUGAAAAAGAUGAUGCACACACGUGGAGAAAAAAGGGAGAAACACGCACUUGCAGUGCUGUUUAGGCGGAGAGAUAUAAAUAUUAUAUAUCGCGCGCGUAUAUGAUUGAAUUAGGGAUAAAUAAAAAAAAAAAAGAACACGUUGAAAUUAGGCGUGUGAUGGAUCGUGAGAAAGAGAGGGAGAGAAAGAGAAUAGAGAGAGAGAGAAAGAGUGCGUAAAGUUAUUUAACAGACAGAACAUAUUUUAAAUAAUUAAUCGCCAAACGAUAAGUUUUUAACUCUAACUCUUAGCGCGUAAGGUCGAGAUAAUAUACGAAAUAAAACAAAUAUAUAUAUAUAUAUAUUAUAUAUACAUACAUACUUAAUGAUUGAAAGUCGACUCUAAAAUUAAAUGUAAACCGAAAGCAUACUUAUAUAAAAAACAAAAAAGCCGCGCGCGGGUAGACAUCGAGACAUUAAUUGAAUUACAAAGGAUCUCAUGAGAUUUCUGGGAGAGAAUUUUGGACGCUAGUGAAACCUCGAGUAAUUUUACUCCUCGAUCUGGAUAAUAUUUUCAAAUCGUUUUACUAAAUUUUCUGAAUUUAAUCGAAGUUUUUCUCAUCGUGUUGGACACCUAUUGUGGUCACGCUUACAGCUGUUCUUUGAUAUUGAUUAUUAAUAUGUAAUUAAUUCGUUAAGUGACGCAGGGGUACCGUAUGAUUUUUACGAACCGAGAAUUCGUACAAUCUACAAAUUAUUUUAAUAGACACAAUUCAACGAAACUUUAAUUCCUUUUGCAUAUUUAACACUUUGAGUGUCAUAUUAAAAUUGUAAUUUUAUUUGUAAUACAUUCAAUGGAUUUUUAUAUUUAGUAUUUUCUGUUGGACAAUUUUUCUGGUAUUUAUCAAAAUUAUUAUGUAAUUAAUUAUUAAAAUUAAUACGUGCGAUAUGGCAUUUCAAGUGUUAAAAGAGAGAAUCGUAUUAUGUUUAUCGUUUUUGGAAUAACACCCUCAAAACAGAAUAUUGUGCCAACGAUAAAUCUUCCAAAUGAAUUUUCACAUUGAACGCGAAUCAGCUAUCGCAGCACGAGACAAUAUUAGGAUAUAGAAAAAAAUGAUUUGUCCCUAACAUUUAACUUAUCUUUUGUUAAUCUUCGAUAUCGUUCAAUUUAUUCCAAUUAAUUCCAAUAUUUAUUUCAAUUUAUUUAUUUAUUUAUUUUGAAAUGAUUUUCAAAAUUUCAUAUCUCAUAAAAUUUUCAUAAAAAUACAAAAGGAAUUUAACCCUCUGGCUGCGACUUAAUCAUAUAAUAGUAGCCUGAAAUUAAACAAAAAUAAGAAUAAAAAUCAAAACGAUUUAUCUUUGUUUAAUUAUGAAAAAUACAGCAAAAUUAAAUUAUAGGCUAUUUAGUUCUCUUAAGUUGAAAAAUGAAGCGAUUAUAUUCUGAACAGAUAAUUACUGAAAUUAUAGGGUGUUAUAUCACUCAAGACCACUUUCACUAUGGCAGUUAGUGUUGUGGAUGUAUUAGAGUGUAUACACACUAUUCGCAGUCAAAGGGUUAAUUUUUCUUCUGACAAUGAGUUAGAAGAAAAGUAAAUGGGCAGUGGGAGUGGCUCGGUUCUUGGAAAUCGUAAUGUACCCCUUCGGCGCCUGCUCCGAGUGCAACAGUUGGCUAACAAGUGGCUGUUUCGCACGAAUCGCAUUGAAAUCACCGAACGAAAUAAAUCUAAAGCAUUUUCAAGACGAAAUUAUAUCGGAAUCUUUUAAUUACAGCUUCUUAUUCGUGGAUAAAUUUUGUCCAAAGUAUUUCUAUUGACCUGUUUGAAACAAAAUCGUGAGUUCUUAUCGUUGUCAUUCAUGUCUCUAAUACCUUUAUUAUUUUAGUAAGAUUUUACCAUUUAUUAUUGUGAAAAAGUACAGUCUUUGAACUCAACAAUUUAGAUUUUUAAUGAUAUUUUUACAGGGCCCAAAAUUGUUAAAUUUCCAAUUUACUAUUUAAUCAAUCAUCAUGAAAGAGUAGAGGGUAGUUUUCUUGAAAAUAAAAAUCAAUCACUAUUGAUUUUCCCUUACAAGUAUAGAAUUUCUAUAUCCAAUAAGACUUCAAAAUUUCAACCCUUAACGAGAGAAAAUAAUUUUGAAAUAUCUGUGCUAUUCUGAACAGACGACAGUUGCAAGAGAUACGUGUAACAUAGUUAAGAAGUUAGCCUAAGGAAAGGGGAGAAUAGUCACGCCCAGAACGUACCGUCCAGAAAAUUGUGGAAUUUCGUUAUACGUUUGCCCGAUAGUGUUUUUCAACGGCUGCAAAGGUUUAACGUGGUUAGAGCUAGCAGCAGUAUCUACGAUAACUUAUUAUAGAUCAAUUUCACUAGCUUCUUUCUCGAAGGAAUCGUGGCAGGCUUAAGAACGAAACGAAUAUUAUGUAAGUGCGUAUAUUAUGCAGCUGUCGUAUGUUCGUUGCAAUAAUCAGAAGAAUUUUACAUACCACGAUGGUGUACACGUAAUUUUGAGACUGACACAUACACAAAUGAUCAUUUAAUUAAAAUCUUCAGAGUCUACGAAUCUAGUCAAAAGUCGUAAUGGCUGAAAUCUAGUCAGAAUUUUAUAGAUCUUAUCCUGAAUUGUUGUUGAUUAUGAUCAAUAUUAUUUUGUUUUAAUUAAAAUAAUUAGCAGUCGUGUGUAAAGUAUCUGAAUUAGAUUUUGGUUAAGUGAAAAUUUAAAUAAAGUCUAAAUACUAAUUAAAAUUCGAAAAUUAACCCUUCCGCUACGUACAUUUGUAAAUAUAUUUUAAUUUGCAAUAAGAUAUCUUUCCUCCUUCUAAUUGUAAUUUUUUCAUUUUCAUUACCUUCGAGUAAAAUGACUAUAAAUUAAGUUACAAAAGGGUUAAUAAUUUUGCAUUAUAUAUCUACUAAAAAUCUCAAAUAUAAUUCUAAAGAUUAGAUGAAUCAAAGACUCCACAAAAUGUGCAGUCACCAGAGUGUUAAAUCAGAAACUGAUUAACUAUUUUAUUUUUCAAUAUUUAAUUAAUCUUUUCUGAUGAUUUUUCAAAUGCAAAAAAAGAAAUCUUUGAAAUAAGAUACACGACUGCAAUGAGAUUAUAAUUCAUAUAUCGAACAGAUAUCCGAUCGACGACGUUGAGCAUGACGUUUCACUCGCGUUCCCCUGUUAAGGUUCGCUUUUGACCCGUUGGAUCACUCGAAAGGCGACUUGACUGCAUCCCGUGCUCGAGGCUAACACAAUGUAGAAUUUUUUAACUGUAUUUACGACUAUAACCUAACCUGUAUAUUUUUACAUAUUUAAAUAUAGGGAAAGAAUCCGGGGGUUGACGCGAGAGGUGCGAAGGCGAAUCGGGUACACAUUAAAAAAAAAUGAGAGACAACCAUACCAUACAAACUGAUAUACCAAUUAGAAACACGUACACGCAAGUAUUAUACCUCGAUAAUGUUAAAUCGAAACACAAAUUAUACAUUUUUACAAACACUUACACACAUCUACACGCGCGCACCACUCAUAUGCAAAAAAAAAGAAAAAAGAAACG